AUGUAUUGUUUAUCCACAAAGGCAAUCCAUUUGGAGGUAGUGACAGACUUGACGUCUGAAGCCUUUAUAGCAGCUCUUAAGCGAUUUUGUGCGAGAAGAGGGAAAAUCUCUUCCAUCAUUACAGAUAAUGCCACAAAUUUUAAGGGGGCUCAUACAGAGUUAAAGCGUUUACAGAAAUUGAUAAGAAAACCAGAUGAGGCGUUAUCCAGCUAUUUCACCUCAGAAUCUAUAGUCUGGAAAUUAAUUCCCCCUAUAUCACCGAAUUUUGGUGGACUGUGGGAAGCGGGAGUUAAAUCCUUUACGUAUCAUCUUAGAAGAACUAUAGGAAGCACUAAGGUUACUAUGGAAGAAUUUCUUACAAUCAUUACUCAGAUUGAAGGAAUUUUAAAUUCACGCCCGUUAACCCCUAUGUCUAAUGGUAUUAAUGCAUUUGAAGUUUUAAGGCCAGGACAUUUUUUAGUCGGCCGUCCAAUCAUGUCUAUACCAGAGCCUGAACUUAUUGAAAUCACUGAUAAUAGGUUAUCAAGGUGGCAGCGGACAACAAAAUUUGUUCAAUUAAUAUAG